AUGUACAGUAGUGUAUCCAUUCUUGAAAGAAAAAAAAUUUUAAUAACACGUAAUGAAUCAUUAAAAAAUGAUGAUAAAAUCUAUUUUAAUGAAUUUUUUCGUUUAAUACAAGAAUAUUCAGAACAUUGUUUACCAUCAAAUCAAAACGGCAUGGACAAAAUAUAUUCAUCAUUAAAAUCUCUUAUAUUUGAAUAUAACAAGGAUAAAUGUAUCAAACGUAUACUCGAUCAUUUGUUUGAUGAUGCUGUUUCAAAUCUUGAAAAAUUACCAAAUGCUAAUGUUGAUAAUUUAUGUCAAAAAAUUAAUUUUAAUAAAUUAAAUCGAGGUUCGGCCGAUUAUUAUUAUCUAAAAGAGAAAAAAAUAUCUUUAAAAGAAUAUAUUUUAAUAUUAUUCGAUUGGGUCAAUGACAUUAUUUCAUAUCGAGAUUCAAUUCGAAGCACGAAAGAUAAACUUGAACUAAAAACCAUUUUACAAUUUCAAGCAACAGGUGCAUUAUUAUAUCAUUCUGAAAUAUUCCGUUCUGUACUAUCAAAAGUAUAUUCAAUCGUGGAUGAUUAUGAACGUAUUUUAUAUUAUUUAGACAAAGUAUCGGCACACCAACGAUCACUUCACUUAAUACUGAAAAUUUUAGAACAACGAAAAUCUGAAUAUGGUGAAAUAUAUAAAAAUAUUCAAUGGUCUUUUAUUGAACCAAUUGAAAACAUUGUUAAAUUAAAUGAAACACCAUCAUUUUCAUUUGAUAAAAUCUGGUUAGCGUGUGGUUUAGAGGAUAAUGAAAUAAAAAUUGAUUUCAAAAAGGAUUAUAUUCAAGAUAAAUUUGAUUCAUAUGAUAAAAAUUCAGAAUUAAAAACAUGUUUACGCAGUGAAAUUCGAAUGAUAGAUUAUUUAAUCGAACAAAAUAUACAUGAAGUUCAUGAUAAAGAUGUUGAAAUUGGAAUAUCAAAAUUACCAUGUUAUCCAUGUUCAUUAUAUAUUGAACAAUUAAAUAAUAAAUUCAAGCGAAAUUUUUAUGUCGGUUCUCCAACAACCUAUGGAAAAAUUUAUCCAAAAUGGAUGUUCAGAAAGAAUGAGGAAGAUACGAUAAAAAAUUCUGUUACGAAUCAAUUAUACAUAUUUUUUACAAAUGAAUUAAAACUAUUGGAACUAAAAAUAAGAAAAAAAAGUGGGGAUAGUGAUAAGCAAGAAACAGAAAUAGAUGAUGACGCUGUCGACUAUGAAUUUAUGCUUAGGGACAUUAAGAAAAUGACGGAAGAUCAAUAA